AUGCGAACUCUGAUCUUCUUAUCAUUUACGUUAUUAACUGCGUUUUCAAAUGAUUGUAAUCCACCCCUAGACAAGUGCUUAUCAUGCAAAGAAAAUAAUCCAAAAGAAUGUGAUAAAUGUGAACAGGGAUACUAUGUUAAAGAUAAAAUAUGCAAAAAAUGUUUAGCUGGCUGUACUAUAUGUACUGGUGAUACUACUUGCACCCAAUGUAGUGAUGGGUAUUAUCUUAAAGAAAACAAAUGCUCAAAAUGUUUAAAUGGCUGUUCUAAAUGUGGUAGUGACACUAUAUGUUCUAAAUGUGAAACUGGUUAUUAUCUCGAAAAAGGUAAAUGCACGCAAGAGGUAAAUGCAAAGUAUGUAAAACUGGCUGUUCAAAAUGCAGUGAUGCCACCAAUUGUUCUGGAUGUAUUGAUGGGUAUUAUAAAAGUCGUAAAACAUGCACUACAUGUUUGGCAGAUUAUAAAUGUGCCACUUGUAAAUACAUGUGAUACAACAGUAAAUGCAUGUGGAAGUGGAAGUAAAUGUGCUGCAUGUGUGGAAGUUACUGGAAAACAAACAAUCAAAUGCACCAAAUGCGCCACACAAACUGAUUACAUCAAUCUUGAUGAAACAUGUGAUAAAACUUGUAAAACUGGUAAAGCUAAUAAAGAUACUAUGAAGUGUGAAAAAUGCACAAUUGGUGGCUGCGAAACUUGUGAAACAGUUGCAUCUGCUGAACAAUGCACCAAGUGUGAAAACAAAUAUAUUGCUACCGACAAACUUUCAUGUGUUGAUAAAUGCACCACUGGUAAAUCAGUUGAUACCCCUAUCAAAAAGUGUGAUAUGUGUGCUACUUCUAAUUGUGACGUUUGUGAUAAAGACGACAAGUGCACUAAAUGCAAAACCGAUUUUAAUCUGGUGUCUGACAAUUUGAAGUGUGUUGAGAAAUGUCCAGAAGGAUAUAAUACAGAUAAAACUAAUAAAAAAUGCAUAAAAUGUGUUGUUGAAGGUUGCGCAACUUGUGAAAAGGUAGAUGAGUGCACUGCCUGUAUGGCAGAAUACAAGUUGGAAGGAGGAAAAUGCAGUGGAGCUCAUACCAUUUCCGCGAUUAUGGCUAUGGUCGUUAUGGCAUUCUUAUUCUAA